GGGCGAGCAGAGCCCCGCCGCGCGGUGCCGUCCAUGCGGCUCGGAGGCGGCGGCGGGAGCCCGCGGGCGGCGGGGCCCCCCGGGAACGGCAGCCGCUGGCGGGGGGUCGCGGAGGGCGGCGGCGGCAGCAGCCCCAGCCCCGAGGCUUGGACGCGGGCGCCCAACGGCAGCGCGGGCGACUGGGACCCGUUCGGGCGGGACGAGGAGCUGGCCAAGCUGGAGAUCGCCGUGCUGGCCGUCACCUUCGCGGUGGCGGUGCUGGGGAACGGCAGCGUGCUGCUGGCGCUGCGGCGCACCCCGCGCAAGGCGUCCCGCAUGCACCUCUUCAUCCGGCACCUCAGCCUCGCCGACCUGGUGGUCGCCUUCUUCCAGGUGCUGCCUCAGCUCUGCUGGGAGGUCACGCACCGCUUCCACGGCCCCGACGGGCUCUGCCGCGUCGUCAAGCACCUGCAGGUGUUCGGCAUGUUCGCCUCGGCGUACAUGUUGGUGGCCAUGACGGCCGACCGCUACAUCGCCGUGUGUCACCCGCUGAAGACGCUGCAGCAGCCCACCAAGCGCUCGUACGCGAUGAUCGCGGCCGCCUGGGCGCUCAGCCUGCUGCUCAGCACCCCGCAGUACUUCAUCUUCAGCCUCAGCGAGGUGGAGCGCGGCUCGAGGGUCUACGACUGCUGGGCGCACUUCAUCAUGCCCUGGGGACCCCGCGCCUACAUCACCUGGAUCACCGGCGGCAUCUUCGUGGCUCCCGUGCUCAUCCUCGCCACCUGCUACGGCUUCAUCUGCUUCCGCAUCUGGCGCAGCGCCCGCGGCCGGGCUCGCCCCGGGGAGGCGGCAGGCGGCGGCCCCCGACGGGGGCUGCUCCUCGCCCCCUGCGUCAGCGGCGUCAAAACCAUCUCCCGGGCCAAGAUCCGCACCGUCAAGAUGACCUUCGUCAUCGUCUCGGCCUACGUCGUCUGCUGGGCGCCCUUCUUCACCAUCCAGAUGUGGUCCGUCUGGGACCAGCACUUCCCCUGGGUCGACUCUGAAAACACUGCAACCACCGUCACUGCCCUCCUGGCCAGCCUGAACAGCUGCUGCAACCCCUGGAUCUACAUGUUCUUCAGCGGGCACCUCCUACAGGACUGCGUGCAGAGCUUCCCUUGCUGCCAAAAGAUAAAGCAGACGCUGAGCAAGGAGGAUUCAAACAGCAACAGCAGGAGACAGACUUCUUUCACCAACAACCGGAGCCCGACGCACAGCCUGAACACCUGGAGGGAGUCUCCCCACUCUAAGUCCACCAAUUUCAUUCCCAUGCCCACCUGAAGCCUGGGUAGGUGGGCCUGAGCAAUUAGGGCUGGGCAUGGGCACUGGCCUUAGCAGCAAGGAGGGACUAGGACAGCCACAGGCUGACAUGUGUUGCCUUGCUCGGUGAGCUAUUCUGCAGCCUGUAGGUUGUUGUGUGAAAGGUAUCUGGGGUUUGGGCAACUGAUCAGGAAGGCGUGACAAUAAUAAAGCAAUUAUUUUUCUAAAUAGAAUUUAAUCUUCAUUUUAUUUUUUUGUUUCUGAAGUAAUACAUGUGCUACUUGCUCAUGCCAAGCAGUACAAAUGGCAGAGUUGGCCUACACUGGGGUCACCUUGCUCUCUAGCAUUUUAAACUUCUCACUCACGGAAAGCAGGAUCACAAUUUGGUCUGAAACACCACCAGGUAGGAGUUGGAAGAAAGUCCUCACUGACCAGACUAGGACAAUUUAAUGGCAAAAUGUAACAGGCCUUGAGAAGGCAAAUCCUUGCUUCUGUCCAUGUAUGUGUGUGGACUGAGGUGUUUGAAUUUUAGGGUGACAUCUCCUCUCCAUGUUGAUGGAGGUUACACAGCAUUUUUGUUUGUUUUGUUGCACCCAUGUUUAAUUUCUGUAACUAAUUUAAAGAAAUACUGUGAUAUAUCAGUAUCAUAGAAUCAUUGAGGUUGGAAAAGACCUUUAAGUCCAACUGCCAAUGCAUGACCACCAUGAUACCACAGUGAAUUCAGUUCCCAACACUUUCCCUUAAAAGUGAACACUGAGGAUGUUGUAGACAAAAGGAUGCAAUCCCCAUUGCUUGGCACUAUCAUCUCUCAGAAUUAAAAUGAGAUCCAGAACACCACUUAGCAUCCAAGUUCAUGUAAGGCAGGCAAUGGCAUCUGAGUCUGAGGGACAGGGAGUUGGUAUGGUAUGUUCUAAUUAGCUCAGCAGUAUUGCAAACAGGUAUGUGAAGAGAACUCAUCACAACUCCCAGAACUUGGUAAUGAUGGCAGUAUCAGUACAUUCCAAGACACAGUUGUGGGAAUUCAGCUUGCUGGGAAUAUAUGUAAAAAUUGCCAGUGUUACUUAUUUGUGGCAGAUGAUGGCAGCAUGGGCUGUGAAAAUGGCAGUAAGCUACAAUAAAGUCACCACACUACAUUAACUCAUUGUCAAGCACUCAAGGUGAGCUUGUUUCCACUGCUGUGCAUGCCAAGCCAAAAGUAGUUCCUACUGCUUCUAAUUAGUCCUGUUCUGUGGCGAGUGUGCUGUACCUGGUUUGAAGAUCCCUGAGUAGCUUUUGCUGUGUUACCAAAAUCCUGAAGACCUCAUUUAUGUGUCCUGCAUUUACAGCAGUGAAACAAAAAAGAGACCUGGUGGUGUUCAGCCAGUAUCUGUGUGAUGCUCUAUUCCUCUCAUCUGCUCCACUUUCCUCAGUUGUGGGGAUUCCGACAUCCAGUUGUUCCCCUGGCACCACAUGGGACUUCUGAUGUGGUUCCAUCUGUCUGCAUUGAUGUGUGCACUUCUGCUGGCAGGGAGGAAUCUCAAAACACAUUCCUUUUUUCCUCACCAAACCCAGGCAAUCAAGAUUGUUUUCCUAAUUGCUUGAGGAGAAAAAAAUAAUGGGGCCGCAAUGGUAGCUUUCAGAGAGGAUGAUGCUGGUCCCAUGCAUCUCUCAGUACUGGUAGCAGAAAUUAGUAGAACUGGAUGACAGAUAAGAUCAUAUUCAACCCAUCAUCCACUCCACAAUCUCCCAGUUAUAUCACUGGGCAGUGAAAAAGGAAGAAUAUUCCUCAAAAAUAAGAAAUUACAUAACAAAUUAGUGAGGUUUUGUUGUCACCAAAGAAAAUUGUAUCCCUUUUCUCUAUCUUUUUCUUGGUAUUUUCUGCACUCCAGGGGAACAGUCUGUUCUGAUUUGUUCUUGGUGGUGACUAAAACACCAGAACCCAAAGGCCAAUGUGAUGGAGUGGCUCAUACUUGUUGGGCUGCCUUUUUGGUCACCAUUAGGACACAGAUAUGGCUGCAACUCUCACCAGCUUUGGGUGAGGGUAUAUGACAAAGAGGUUCCAUUUCAGUCCCUCCAAAAAAAUGCAUGCAAUGGCGCUGUGUGUGUAUUUGUGCACAUUAUAUGUACUGCCUAUACUUCACAAGUGGGUUAUUCACAAUUACUGGAACUACAGAUGUCUCAAGUUAAGUAUAACAUUCUUUGCCUGGUUUUAUAUUUGUGUUACAUAUGGUCUGUGCAGAAAAUAUAAAACAAUUAGCUCUAAUAACAAGAUUUUCAUGUUUGCUGAUUGGAGAUGUUUUUGUAUUACACUUUUUAUUCAAGCAGAGAAGACUGAGAAAACAAACAUACAGUAAUAUUGACUAUUAAGCUAGGCUGGGUAAUGACUAGUAGAUCCAAGUAAGUUACAAAGCCUGUGCUUGUACUCGGGGCAUGUCGAUGUGAGCGUACUCCAUGAGUGUUCUACAAUUGCUGUAAUUAAAUCAAUAAAACAAAUUUGGAUUGUUUGAAUUCCAGGAGUUUUUGUAAAUAUCAACUUCUUUGUUGGUUUGUUCUUUUGUUUGUUUUCACAUCAUUGUAACCUUGGAAGGUUUUUUUAACUGUUCAUCAGUACAGAUGCUUUUAUUUCUUUUCUUAACAGCUGCUUUGGGUUCUCAUGAGGGCACACUGAGAACAGAAGGAUACAAGAAGCUUGUAUUUGAAACCAUGACACCUUUCAAAUAUGGCAACGUGCUCUAAUAAACUUGCAUACAUUUGAUGACAA